AUCUUCGAACCAAAGCUAUUAAUUGCAGCGAAAUCAACCAUCCAAAUUCAACCACCAUAUCUACAAAAUUCAUCACCCAACAAAAAUGGGAACCCUGGCCUCCUCCCUCCCGCUCCAUGGCCGCGUGGCCAUCGUCACGGGCGCCUCACGCGGCAUCGGACGAGCCAUCGCUGUCCAUCUCCACUCACUCGGGGCGAAGGUUGUAAUCAAUUACUCCUCCAACUCGGCUCAGGCGGACCAAGUAGUGGCCGAGCUCAACCCCUCCGCAGAUAGCACGUCCCCUCCCCAGGUUAUCUCGGUGAGGGCCGAUAUCUCGGACCCGGACCAGGUCAAGCACCUAUUCGAUCUGGCCGAGCAGGAAUUCGGCCCGGGCGAGCUCCACAUCCUCGUCAACUGCGCCGGGGUGCUGGACUCGAAGUACCCGGCUCUCGCCGACACGACGCUCGAGGACUGGGACAGGACGUUCAGCGUGAACGCCCGCGGCGCGUUCCUCUGCUGCAGGGAGGCCGCGGGCCGCCUCAAGCGCGGCGGCGGCGGCAGGAUCAUUAUGAUCUCGAGCUCCCUCGUGGGUGCGCUCUACCCGGGAUACUCAGCCUAUGCGGCGUCCAAAGCGGCGGUGGAGACGAUGGUGAAGAUACUGGCCAAGGAGUUGAAGGGGACGGGGAUCACGGCGAACUGCGUGGCGCCGGGUCCCGUGGCCUCGGAACUGUUCUUUGCAGGCAAGACGGACGAGAUGGUCCAGAGGAUCGUCGACGCGUGCCCGAUGAGACGGCUUGGGCAGCCCGAUGACGUGGCCCCCGUGGUGGGGUUUCUGGCCACUGAUGCCGGGGAAUGGGUCAACGGGCAGGUCGUCAGGGUCAACGGCGGCUCGGUUGUUUGAGUUGAUCAACUUUUAAUUAAUUUCCUUCAUGUGGUGUUUGGAUGCUACUUGCUGUUGGGAGUGAUUCUUGUAUUCGAGCAGUAAGAAUUCCACUACUCUUGCUAAGUUGAAUCCCGACGAGGCAAUUCGAAUGUUCAACUACUCUUGGCAAUGCGAUUCCGAUUUAGCUCUAAGCACGUCAAUUCAAAUGCUAAAUCAUCAAUAGAUUUAUCGAGUGAAUCGGGACGUUCGGGUAGUUCAAUUACAUUUUGCAUGACUUGUGUAGAGAGAGAGAGAGAGGAGAAUAGAGAUAACCGAAGAAUAAAACUACCUGAGAGAAGAGAGAGGGACCGAAUUAGGCCGACCAAGACAAAAGCCAACAAGAACUCGAGUGGACGUAUUUACGAUCGAGGGAACAAUAGAAAGAAGAAAGAGUACCUGAACUAGUAUAUAACUAGUUCCCUUCAUUUAUCGCACGAUCUAUAUGGCCUUUGUAAGGUCACAUGGGACGUGGGAAAUAGUUUGGACGAAGCUGAAUAACCCAAGGUCUGAUGUUAAUAAAUCCUCCCCAGCUUUUGUGUUUUACGUGGUCAAGUGACGUCGUUUCAUGGACUUCUAUUCCUGCCCCAGCCAUGACCCGUUGGGCCGCAUUUGGGCCUGUGAAUCUCAGCUUCAGCUCAGUCAUGGAGGAAGAGGCCGAGAGGAGGAGGAAGACGAAGAAGAAGAAGAGGAGGAUAUUCGUAACGGGACGAGGAACACUUGACGAGAACAUGUGGUAACGGUUUCUUCCGUGUCGUCCUCAUUCUUGCUUUGGCUCCAUUGAAGAAAGCUCAAAAACCAGUCCUCGAUCACUCCACGGAAGACCAAACCUCGCUGUCUGAUGGCUCAGUUCACACCUCAAGGACGCGUCAAGCUGCUCUGCAACGGCGGCGGCCGGUCCAUCGUGCUCGGGUCGAAGGAUCCGCUCCCGCACCGGCUCCGAAGAUCGGUCGGGCUUCACGGCCGCAAGCACAGGUUCGCCGGCCCGUCCGCGAAGCUCAACUCCUCUUCGCCUUCUUCUAAGAGCAGGUCGCGCAAUGUCAGUGGCGGUAAACCGCGGGACGUGAGCGAGGAACGCGUGCACGUGGACGGGGAUGACAGUGACUACGACGACGACGAGCUCGGAGACGACGACGAUCUGGCGUGUUUCCGAGGUCUCGUGCUCGAUCUCUCGUACAGGUCAGUUGGGGUAGCUCGUGUGAAACGUAUCAGUGACGAAAUUCAGCUCAAUGAAGCUAAUCUAAAGCUCUUGGAUGGAUUAUGCUGUCUUAGCAAUCGAAGCUUCUCUGCUUGAUCAAGCUCAUCCACAGCUGCUGCACUCUUCCAUUCUACUGUUUUCAGAACGACAACUUAGUAUUCUGCUUGAUCCGCUGGAGAUCGAUUGAUCCGACAGUUCCUUGUUUGUUUGGUUAAUCUCCAGGCCGGUGAACGUUGUCUGCUGGAAGCGCGCAAUAUGUCUGGAGUUCAUGGAGAAGGUUAAAGAUUAGUAAUUAAUUUCCUCCUUUUGAUACUUCCGAAGAAGGGAAGUGCUUAUUUGACUGGUCACUCGCUUUGAUUAUUAUAAUAAUGACAUUAUGAUAGGAAAAGUUGCAUGAUCGUCCAUAUUUAUACUAUUCUCUCGGGUAUAAAUCGAUUAUUCUGGCAUUAUUUUAAUCCGGAACUAUAUUGUAUCGGGGGGUUAAUCAUUUAUUUUAAGUUACGUGCUUGGUAAUAAAGAUUGAAUUUUGCUGUUGGUCCAAUGAGUACAACUUUUUAGAUCAAUCGGGUGCUAUUUUCUCGCCGCUUUACUUCAUCUUUCCCCUUUACAACUGCAGUCCUGUGAUGAUGAUUCGACUGUUUAUGAUGCAUUCAAGGGAUAUCUUUGUGAUGUAUCCCGGCGUUUUAUCUUAUGCAUGCAGGCUGAUGUACUAGAAUAUUAUGACCAGACCGUAAACUCGCCAAACGGAUCAUUCUACAUACCUGCAGUUUUAAGGGUGCCACAUUUACUGCAAAUGGUUAAGAGGAGGAGGGUAAAAAAUAGUCUUAGUCGUAAAAACAUUUUGCAUCGAGAUAAUUACACUUGUCAGUAAGUAAAUUUUUGGGCAUUUAUUAUGGAUGUGUUCUGUCUUUUCAAUUCAGUAAGAAGACUAAAGAUGGACAAAGAAUGCGUUAGUCCUCCCUGCAGAGGAGAGCAAUUGCCUACUUUAUUUUAUUUAUUUUUCUCAGCAUUGUUCCAUUUCGAUUCCUCUCUUCACCCCACCCCAACUCUCUUCCCUUCUUCUUAAGUACUGGGGACAGAGUAGGGUCCUCAGACUAGGAGAAUGUUAAAGGAGUGAUUGUAUUUUGUGCCAGUGUUCCUGCAUAUCGGGAGCUGACAAGCUAAAACAGUAGCUGAUCUAUUCGUAGGUACUGCUCUGCAAAGGAGAAUUUGACCAUUGAUCAUGUUGUUCCAAUUUCACGAGGUGGAGGAUGGAAAUGGGAAAAUUUGGUAGCUGCUUGUGCAAGGUGCAACUCGAAAAAAGGUCAGAAGACAGUGGAAGAAGCGAAUAUGAGGCUCCUUAAGGUCCCCAAGGCCCCGAAAGACUACGAUGUACUUGCGAUACCUUUAACAACAGCGGCAAUAAGGAUGCUACGGACAAGGCAAGGAUUGCCUGAGGAAUGGCGCGAGUAUCUCGCCAGGUCAUCCGAUCCAUGACCCGUAGUUUCUGUAGUUGUCGGUCUCUGUAUAUUCUCAUGCCUCGUAUAUAUUAUCUGAUCUCACUCUCGGUGGUCUAGCUGUGCCUCCGAUAAGUUAAUUCUGUUGCACAACCAAUGCAAAGACUUCCCCGAGAUGUGUAUAUUGUAAACUUGUACAUUAACUGUAAGAUCAACAGCAUAUAAUUUUUUACAUA